AUGUCGAUUUUCCCACAGUGUCUUGGCUGCCAAGAGCAAAGUUGUAAGCAGCAGAGAAGCGCCGAUACCUUGAAGCGCCCGCGCCAGGUGACUGAGAUCUGCGAUCGAGUUGCAAAGGAACCUCGAGAGGCAGCGCUUGCGAUCGCAGUGCCCGAGGCCGUGAGGCUCCUCGCUGGUGCCUUUGCCGAGAAGGGCGGUCUGCCCAGAAGGAAGCUCAAGGCCCUCACCAUUAUGAAUGAGCUCCUUUACGACAAAAGGGCGGAGGCUGAGCUUCGGCAAGUCCACGGCGUGCGCGAUGCCUUGUGGACCUUACAGACAACCUCCAACAGUGGGCUUGGGCCGGAAGCAGAUGAGCAGAUCCGCAUGUUUGCCACAGAGGUGGAGAAGAAAUGCUUCGGAGCCUCCGGUGACCCCUUUGCGGCGCCUGCAUUGGUACCAGAGGAUCCCUUCACGCUGCCAGUGGUAAAUUCCGUUCCUGCUCCGGCCCCGUUGUCGCCACUUUCGCCUGCCAAAGACUCCAUGAAAGACGUGGGCUCUUCGAUGCUAGGCGCCUUGUGGCAGGUCGGUUCCCAGAUGACGUCAGCGGUCAAAGCAACCGCUCCCCGGGUGGAGAUCCCGAGAUUUGCCAUGAGGCCAGGGGCGUCUCGCCCAAACCUGGACGUCAGCUUUGAGGGUAUGCUGCCUGGCGAGAAGGUUCACUAUGCAGUUAAUCCAGCAGUGUUGCUGAUCAACAAACCUUUUCGAGAGGUCCAGGGCAGACUGCUGAUCUCGAACUACCGGCUAAAGUUCCAAGUUCCCAAAGGGACGUGGAAGGACAACUUGGCAUGGAUCGGCGAGAAGCAGUUGCUUGACAUCCCUCUGGGACUCAUAGAGACACUUGAGCUGGAGGCUCCCACCUCCCAGGCGGGAGCCCAGCAGUGGCGGUUGGUGGAUGGAAGUGGAAACUUCCCCUUCGUCUGCUUCUGGCUGCCCCUGGCUGCUGAGUCUCUGGGUAGCGUCAAUAGCGCCUACCAGCUCUGCGACACUUAUCCGGCGUUCCUGGCGCUACCGCGCUGCAUCAAGGACGAGGAGCUGCGCAGCGUUGCAAGCUUUCGGAAACGAGGCCGUCUGCCAACGAUGAGUUGGUGCGGCGGGCGCACGCGCAGCUUCGCUUCGCUCUGGCGUUGCUCGCAGCCUACGGAGGGGCUCAUGGGUAACAACUGCCAGUCUGAUGAGAAGAUGCUGUAUGCCAUCAGGCUUGGUGCCACCGCUGGGCGCAACCGCGAGCUGCUGGUGCUGGAUCUGCGGCCCAGGAAAGCGGCCUAUGCCAACAAGGUUGGCGGCGGCGGUUUUGAGAGCUACAGCGGAUGUCGGCUAGUCUUCGGUGGCAUUGACAACGUGCAUGUUGUGCGUGACGCCUGGAAGAAAAUGGGGCAGGCCGUGGCGAACCUCAGCAACGACGAGGUUGGGUCCUGGUUUCGCGAUGUCGCAAACUCCGGCUGGUACGAUCUCAUUGGCGCUAUCUUCAACUGUGCGCUGAUGAUCGUCCACGAGAUAGAAAGCCAUCACUGCAACGUGGUUAUCCAUUGUUCUGAUGGCUGGGACCGCACAGCGCAGGUUUCAUCUGUUGCAAUGCUGUGUAUGGACCCGUACUACCGCACUGUGCGUGGGCUGCUGCUCUUGAUCCAGAAGGAGUUCUGCUCUUUCGGACACCGCUUCCGAACCCGGCUGGCCAAUGGGGAGAAGCCCACCAGUGAGUACAGCCCCGUCUUCCUCCAAUGGCUUGAAUGCGUCUAUCAGCUGCUUGUCCAGUUUCCCACCGCCUUCGAGUUCACUUCCGACCUGCUUCUUUUUCUCGCGCGGGAAGUCUUGACGAACCGAUAUGGAACUUUCCUGACGGAUUGUGAAAGGGAGCGCACGGAGCAGGCGGGAUGUGCCCAUGGUUUCAGUAGAUGA